AUGUCAACACCACCGAUCGUACAUCAUUUUUUGGUUUUUGUGACAAUCGUUGUUGUUGCCAUCUGCCAAGUGGUAGCUGAUCUGACAUGCCUGGAAUGUACCGGUGUGUCACUGCCUAACUAUUGUGAACAGACAGUAUCAUGUCUUUCAAACGAGGACUGUUACACAGAGAGGGUCAUUGGUGAUGAUUCAAACAUUUUCUACAACUCUGGUUGUCUGAGCCACGAGAUUUGUCGGUUGAAAGCACUAACGUCACGGACAUCUCGAUCCCAGAUCCAUAUCUGUGAAGAGUGUUGUGGAGUUGAUAAGUGUAACAAUCACCUGUGUAACCAGACUACGUCUACGCCUACCCGACAGUGCUACGUAUGUGAUGACGUCGCCAACCCACGAGACUGCAACAACAAAGUGACGUGUGCACAAGAUGAGGAAUGUUUCACACAGGAGUUCGUCACGCCAAGUUUACAGAAGCGAUUCAGAUUAAGUUGUGAAUCGAAACAGCGGUGUCAGCUCCUGAGCGUAUUUGGCAGGAAGCGUGCUUCCACACAACUGUGCAAUGAAUGCUGUUCCGGACCCGGCUGUAACCGACAUCUUUGUCCGCUAGAUUCUUCAACUGCUGGACAACACAUUGUUAUACCAAACCUGCCUACACCAUGCGUUGACCACGGAAGUGUGGACUGUGCAAAUCUGGCCCAGUCUGGUUUACGGCCGUGUGCCACCAUCAACAAUGUGUCUACCCAAUACUGUCCACGUUACUGCGGAUACUGCUAA